UGCCGACGAGGUCGAGGUUGCCAUUGACAACACGGCUUUCAUGGAUGAGUUCUUUUCUGAGAUCGAGGAGACUCGGCUCAACAUAGACAAGAUCUCAGAGCACGUGGAGGAGGCUAAGAAACUCUACAGUAUCAUCCUGUCCGCACCGAUUCCUGAGCCAAAAACCAAGGACGACCUAGAGCAGCUCACGACCGAGAUCAAGAAAAGAGCCAACAACGUCCGGAACAAACUGAAGAGUAUGGAGAGGCACAUUGAGGAAGAUGACGUGCGGUCGUCGGCAGACCUUCGGAUUCGGAAAUCCCAGCACUCCGUCCUGUCCCGGAAGUUUGUGGAGGUGAUGACCAAAUACAACGAGGCUCAGGUGGACUUCCGUGAACGCAGCAAAGGGCGAAUCCAGCGGCAGCUCGAAAUCACCGGCAAAAAGACCACAGAUGAGGAGUUGGAGGAGAUGUUGGAGAGUGGGAACCCCGCCAUCUUCACUUCUGGGAUCAUCGACUCUCAGAUUUCAAAGCAAGCCCUCAGCGAGAUCGAGGGGCGGCACAAGGACAUCGUGAGGCUGGAGAGCAGCAUCAAGGAGCUUCAUGACAUGUUCGUGGACAUCGCCAUGCUGGUGGAGAAUCAGGGAGAGAUGCUAGAUAACAUAGAGCUGAAUGUCAUGCACACAGUGGACCAUGUGGAGAAGGCACGGGAAGAAACUAAAAGAGCCGUGAAGUACCAGGGUCAGGCCCGGAAGAAAUUGAUAAUUAUCAUUGUGCUAGUAGUUGUGUUGCUGGGCAUUUUAGCGUUGAUUAUUGGACUUUCCGUUGGGCUGAAAUAACGGUGGCCUGAGUGGCUGCUGCACUGAAAUAACCCGAUUUCACUCCAGCCUGGUGUGGCCACCCUUGUCUUCAGACGGGAAUGGAGUUUGAAUGGCCUUCCUGAGAGAGUGGGACC